GGCCGGGCCUUGGGGCGGAGGGCUAUAUAAGACGCGGGGCGGGCCGCGCUCUUUUGUCUCUGGCUGCAGCCGCAGGAGCAGGAGGCGUUAGGAGCGAGGUGCAACAGCGGCGAGAACCGAAGAUGGCAGACAAGCCGGACUUGGGGGAGAUCGCGAGCUUCGACAAGGCCAAGCUCAAGAAGACGGAGACGCAGGAGAAGAACACUCUGCCCACCAAAGAGACAAUUGAACAAGAGAAGCGGAGUGAGGUUUCCUAGAUCCCUGCGAGGCAUGCGCCGUGAAGGGAUCCCUCUCCCCCUUCCCCAGUCCUGGUUUCGAGGGCACUUAGAUAGCUACCUGCAUUAUCCACAUGUAAAGUCGAGAUGCGCCGGCAGGGGCCGGCGAUCGGGCAGUUACCCGUCCACGAAGGGUUCGGCACUGGACUUCAUGAUCUUGAACCGCCGCAUCUUAACUUGAUUGCCCUGUAAUGUUCUAGAAAGUUAUUUGUAUGACCGAUGAAAAUAAAGAUUACAUUGUGAAA